ACAGACUUGGGAUUUGAGACGCCCACGCCGCCCUGCAGGUCCUCCUGUCGCAGCCUUGGUAGUAGCAGCAACUCAACUGUCGUGAGUUUGUAACCCUAACGCCACCGGCUCAUCUUGCACAGAAAUGGUGAAAUCGUACCUCAGAUAUGAGCCUGCGACGGUAUUUGGUGUGGUAGUAUCAGUGGAUUCCAACAUCAGUUACGACAGCACUGGAAAACACCUUCUCACACCUGCGCUCGAGAAGCUCGGUGUUUGGAACGUCAGGCAAGGCGUCUGCUCCAAAACCCUCUCCCCUUCUCCUUCCUCAUCCGGCCCUUCCCUCGCCGUUACUUCCAUUGCUUCCUCCCCUUCUUCUUUGAUAGCGAGUGGUUAUGCGGAUGGGAGUAUAAGGAUUUGGGAUAUCAUUAAAGGAACUUGUGAUACCACCUUGAACGGCCAUAAAGGUGCUGUCACUGCACUUCGUUACAAUAAGCUUGGCUCCUUUCUCGCUUCCGGAAGCAAAGAUAAUGAUAUUAUCUUAUGGGAUGUGGUGGGCGAGUCUGGACUUUUCCGUCUUCGUGGCCACCGGGAUCAGGUGACCGACCUUGUUUUCUUGGAUUCGGGUAAAAAGCUUGUUAGUUCCUCCAAGGACAAAUUUUUAAGAGUUUGGGAUCUUGACACUCAGUAUUGUAUGCAAAUAAUCAGUGGUCAUCACAGUGAAAUUUGGUCCAUUGAUGUCGAUACAGAUGAGACAUAUUUGGUCACUGGAUCUGCGGACCCAGAACUGCGGUUCUACACAAUACAUCAUGAAUUGGUGGACAGAGAACCUUCUUUAAAUCCAGAGGGAACUGAAACUGUGAGUGGUGGAGACUCUGCUCGGAACAAGUGGGAAAUCUUGAAGCUGUUUGGUGAAAUCCAACGGCAGAGCAAGGAUAGGGUUGCCACUGUGAGAUUCAACAAAUCUGGAAAUCUACUUGCUUGUCAAGUGGCUGGGAAGAUAGUAGAGAUAUUCCAAGUAUUGGAUGAUGCUGAAUCUAAACGUAAAGCUAAAAGGAGGAUUCACCGGAAGAGGGAGAAGAAGUUGUCCAAAGGGGCUCCAGAGGCAACUGAAAAUGGAGACUCAAACCCUGGACCAGGAGAGGAAGGAAGAGCUCCUGUUGUCAUUGUUUCUGAUGUAUUUAAGCUUCUUCAGACAUUGCGUGCUAGCAAGAAGAUCUGCUCAAUUUCUUUCUCUCCAGCAACCCCAAAGAGUUCACUGGCUUCUCUGGCAUUGUCUUUGAACAACAAUUUGUUAGAGGUUUAUUCGAUUGACAGCAGCACAGCAAGUAAAACCCUUGCUAUUGAACUUCCGGGGCAUCGUUCUGAUGUUAGAAGUGUCAUUCUUAGCUCAGAUGACACUCUCAUGAUGUCAACUAGUCACAAUACUGUAAAGAUUUGGAAUCCAAGUACUGGUUCAUGCCUUCGGACUAUUGAUUCUGGGUAUGGUUUGUGUGGCUCAUUUGUUCCUGGCGACCGUCAUGCACUUGUUGGAACCAAAAGCGGAACAUUAGAAAUCAUAGACAUUGGUAGUGGUACUUGCAUGGAAGUAGUGGAGGCUCAUGGUGGCUCUGUGCGGUCAAUUGCUAUGACUCCAGAUGGAAGUGGUUUUGUGACAGGAAGUGCAGACCAUGAUGUUAAAUUCUGGGAGUAUCAACUCAUGCAAAAGCCUGGUCAAGACUCUAAACACCUAACUGUGACCAACAUAAGGACUUUGAAUAUGAAGGAUGAUGUUCUUGUGGUUGCUAUUAGCCCUGAUGCUAAAUUCAUUGCUGUUGCCCUUUUAGAUUGCACAGUCAAGGUUUUCUUUCUGGAUUCACUGAAGCUUUUUCUGACAUUGUAUGGUCACAAGCUUCCUGUGCUGUGCAUGGACAUUUCAUCAGAUGGAGAUCUCAUAGUCAGCGGUUCUGCAGACAAAAAUUUGAAAAUUUGGGGUUUGGAUUUUGGUGAUUGUCACAAAUCCAUUUUUGCUCAUGCUGACAGUGUUAUGGCAGUGCAAUUUGUUGGCAAUACCCAUUAUAUGUUUAGUGUUGGGAAAGAUCGGCUUGUAAAGUAUUGGGAUGCUGACAAAUUUGAGUUGCUUUUAACUCUUGAGGGGCAUCAUGCUGAAGUGUGGUGUCUCGUGGUCAGCAACCGUGGUGAUUUUGUCAUCACAGGUUCUCAUGACCGAUCAAUACGUCGUUGGGAUCGUACCGAAGAACCCUUCUUUAUUGAGGAAGAGAAGGAGAAAAGAUUGGAAGAAAUGUUUGAGGCUGACGUUGAUAGUUCAUUUGAAAGUAGGCAUGCACUUAGGGAAGUACUUCCGGAGGAGGGAGCUGUAGGGUUAGCAGGGAAGAAGACUCGAGAAACCCUCACUGCGACUGACUUAAUUAUUGAUGCACUAGACAUGGCGGAGGAAGAAUUAAAGCGGAUGGCUCAGCACAAGGUGGACAAUGCAAGUGGAAGAAUAACUUCCUUUCAACCAAAUGUUAUGAUGCGAGGGCUCUCUCCAUCUGAUCAUGUCCUCCAUGCUCUUUCUAGUGUUCACACCAAUGAUCUGGAGCAAACAUUGCUGUCUAUACCAUUCUCUGAUGCCUUGAAGCUUAUGUCUUACUUGAAGGAUUGGGCUUAUAUUCCUGAUAAGGUUGAACUUGUUUCUCGCGUUGCUACAGUGCUCUUGCAGACACAUCAUAGCCAAUUGGUUACUACCCCUGCUUCCAGACCUGUCUUGACCAUUCUCAAAGACAUUCUUUAUACUAGAAUCAAGGAAUGCAAGGACACCCUUGGUUUCAACCUUGCAGCAAUGGAUCAUCUGAAGCAAUUGAUGUCUUUGAAAUCUGAUGUCCUUUUCCGAGAUGCAAAAACAAAGCUACUUGAAAUCCGUUCACAACAUUCAAAACGUCUGGAAGCAAGGACUGACACAAAAGAAGAGAAGAGGAAAAAGAAGAAGCUGAAGAGUAGAGCUGGGGCCUAAUCAGACCAAAGAAAUGGCAGGACAUCAAGUUUCCAGUGUGUGUCAAGACAGUCGGGUCGACCCCGUAAUCUUGGAAAGCAUGAAGUUCCUCAAUAUUUAAGGGGUUCCAAACAGAGACCAGAUAGAUAACGUAAUCAUGGAAUCCUGCAUUUCCCUGCUCUGAAUAGGGAAUGUUGAUUGGAGUAAUGGAAUUCCAGAUGUUUUCAAAAAGAAAGGUGAGAUCUUACUCAUGGCUGAUGGGAGCUCACUAGUCGCACAUCUAAUGAAUAUCCUGUUAUCCCAUCAGCAGCAAAUUUUGUUUCUUCCUGUAGGAAAUGAAGUGAGCUAAUAUUCAUUGCCAGAUUAAAGGACACAUGUUUUUGUUCUUGUUAGUAUUUGCUGAAGCACAAGGGCUUAUAACUAAUUAUUCUGAUUCUUGCAUUUGGC